AUGGCCACUCCAAUGUUAGCCUUUUCAACAGUCUCUACUGGUCUCACUUUUACUGAGACCUCAAAACCGAGCAGAGUUUGCGUGGAAGCAUCGCUUCGCAACUUACAGCUCCAGCGCUUUAAACAUGCCUAUGGCAUCUUUACUCUCAUCUGUCAGUACGUGGUUCCCUUUGCCAUUCUUGUAGCAGUCUACAUUCGUAUUUGCACACGUAUUCGCAGUCUCUCUAUUGUUCGCUCCAAAAACACGCAACAACCCUCCGCAGUAAAUGCUGAUCCUCUCGGUUUGAGUACCGAUACACCUGCAAAAAGCAAUGCAUCGAAAUCACAGUCCCCAAGGAGCUGCUUAGAUUUGGGAGGACUUACAAGGCAAUCAAUAAGCGUUAACGCAAUUUCCAUGCUAUUGCAGAGGACAGAUGAAAAGAAUCGAAGAGACAGAGUAAAAAAACCCAGAGAGGUACAGCUUUUGCAUCAGGAUCAGCAAGGAGAGCGUCGACAAUUUCGCCUGAAGCGCAAACGGCGCGCAAGCAUUCUGUUGACCUGCAUUUCGCUGGUCUUUGCAAUCUCCUGGCUACCCUUGCAUGCAGUAAACAUAUUUAUGGAUUACAAGGAACACUCGGCAGUCAGUCUCACAGCAUCCAACCUCACCAACGAUGGUGGAACUAAUGGGGUGGGAAAAGCCUUCAUGGGAGCUCGUCAUGUCACUCUUAUCCAAUCUGCGUGUCUCCUGUGCGUACUCUUCUCGUGUUGCGUCAAUCCUCUCCUCUAUGGUUAUCUCAAUGAAAACUACCGAAAGGAGUUUGCAGAAAUCCUCACCUGCUGCUGUUGUGGAUAUCUACGACCUUCUCACCGAAGGAGAAAUCUUCCUCGACGGUACUAA